CCGGUUGACGCCGUGAACCUAUCUGAUCACGGAUUUAAUCCUCGGCACGGCAUCAUUCCAAUCGAAAUGCAAAGCGCCACUGGCGUGCAUGGUGAUGACGCGGCCAAUGUCAGCUUUUAUCCUGGAUAUGGCAUUACUGCAAUUGAAACAGGAGGACUCUCUGGCCUGCAAUCUGGGCAGAACACCGGCUUUAACCCUCGAAUUGGCAUUGCCCCGGUUGAAACAGAAAACCUGCCUGAUAUGGCAGAAACCAACCUACAGAAUUACGGAUUCAACCCUCGACACGGCAUCAUUCCGGUUGAAUUGGAAAACAUCCCCAGCGUAUCUGAUGGUACCGUGCAUCAAACUAGCUUUAAUAAUCGACAUGGCAUGAACUUAUUGGAAAUUGAGGGUAUGUAUUGUACGCAGGUUAGCAAUCCGCGGAACGGCAAUAUCAGCCAGCAACACAUGACCAAUGCUGCGCCACUAGAACCUUCUCCUGGCCAUGGAGGGUUGAAUGUGAAUGUGAUGACUCGCUGCUUUGAUAUACCACAGAGUAGGCACUCAACAGCUCAAGAGGGUACUGUUAACUGCCAGGAUGAGCCCGGAGUGACGUCGGGCCCUACUGGUCUGAUGCAAAGACCUCUUGAUGAAGGCACCAUUGCAGCACGGAGCUGCCUAGAACAAUGCACUACAGGUGAACUGCCCAAUUUCCAGCAAAGUAACACAGCUAUACCUCUCAUGCGCACUAUGCCUGGGGAACAAUCAAGCAAGAGACCAUACCAGUAUGGACAAUACGCUCAAACUGUUUCUGUGUUUUGAACCUCUGCAUGACUAAUGUAUACUUUUUCUUCUGGCCCUCUUCCCCUCCACCACAGGUAUUUCUACAGGUUAGUUUGAAAAAAAAAAAAAUAGUAUGACCAACCACCGAUAUCAUUCGAACCAUGUGAUAUUUUCAAUCAUAUUGGAGCAAUAAAUAUGGCGGUUGCGUUUGAGCUGACUGAGGGACUAUCCGUAAUAUAUGUAUAAAACCCUUCCCUUAGAGGGCCUCCAGGCGUUAUACUUGUAUUAUCGCAAAGCGGUACGAUAUACAUCCGUGAGAGGUCGUUUAUUAUAGGUUGAGAUUCCCGGAAAUGUCCCAGGUUCCAACCCCAGCCCUAAACAUUCAAUAAGCAUACAAUUUGACACAUCCGUUCCCAAUCAC